AAACCAUAAAAAGAUCUACACCACGCUAACACUCGCAUCUGGGAGAUUAUUAGAUUUACAUAACAGAUUAUUAUAUUUUGAAAAUGACCUUACUAAAACCAGAAGAAAAUAAUCUUUCAAUAUGACAACACAAAUAAACACAAUCAAAUAAAUACUUCUAAUACAAACAAAACAAAAACCAAACAAAAAAGAUAAAAUAUAAAAACCAUAAAAAGAUCUACACCACGCUAACACUCGCAUCUGGGACCGUAGGAUGGAGGAGGAGGAUGACUCUGAUUACCUGCCGCUGCCAAACAUCAACAGCUUGAGUAUACCGAAUGAUAAGGCCAUGCUGGCCGUGUACGAGCUGUACAAGCCGCCCCUCACCGCCAAUCGGCAUCUACUCUCGGAGCGUAAUCGGGAGAUCUUCGCAGAGGCGUUUAAUGAUCCCGACCAAGUGCCCACUUUGGCGGAUCUGUGCGUCCGGCAGUUGGCUAAACGUGGAAAUACCGACGUGCCCGAGGCCGUGCGCCAGGAUCCGCGAAAGAUGCGCGUCCACUACGACUCACUCGAUGUGGAUCUGCCCCUGCGCGAGUGCUACUUUGUGGAGGAUGCGAGCUUCUGGAGGCGCGUGGUUCUAGCUAAGAGUUCCGAUAAUUGCCUUGCACUGAAGGAUUUGCAGGAUUACAACUGGCGCGGCAGGGGACUGAGCCUGAAGUACGUGGAGCUGGUGGAGGCCUGUCCGGCCGCCCUUUGGCCAGAGAAAGAGAUGUCCGAACUGGCCACUCUGAUAAGGGAUCACGUGUACUCCAUGGACAUUCGGCACCUGCAGCCGCCUUCGGAGUAUGCCUUUCGGAAAGUAGAACGUGAGGAUGAUGAUUUGGAGCCGGAUAUAACCUCCGAGGAGUCUGGUAGCUUGGAAAUUUCCAGCGACGAACCAAUGACACCCGAAGACGGCGGGGAGGAGGGGGAGGAAGAAGAGGAGGAGGCGGGUUCCACCGCCUCUGGGCGGAAAAAGUCUAUUGGAUUUAACACAACAUUUAAGAUAAUCUUUUCCGACGAUGAAGAUGACUCUGACAACGAGCGUCGCAAACGUCGACAGGAACGGAACGUAGCCCGCCAACGAUUGCGGGAUCUAAAGGCGGCCAGGGAUGCGGAGCACGAGGAGCGCAGGCGACGUCGGUCCGCGAUGCGGAAGCCCAAGGAGCCAGAGCCCAAAAAGAAAAAGAAGCGAAGGCAGCGAAUAAAAGGCGCCUUCGAUAUCCGAGUGGAGCCGGAACCGGACGAUGGCGAUGACAAGGUUUUGGACAAACGCAACAAGCAGAGGUAUCUGAUGCACCUACAACAAGUAAAAUAUCAGGAGGAGGAGUGCACCCACAUCGAUCUUAGCUUUAUGCGCUACUUUGUGAACCUGGUAUCGUUGAACCUGGAGUUCCUCGGUCCGGCAUUGGGUCGGAAGUACCACCAGCGGAACGUGCUCUUUUCGAUCAAGGACAUGAUUCGUCUGGCUAGAGGGCUAGUGGCAAUGGAGCAGCUGCAGAUCUUCCGGCUUCGAAACAGCCGACUGAGUAACUUUAAGCUAUACACAGUGUGCCGUGCGCUGCGCAUGUUGCCCUUGCUGGAGGUGGUGGACUUUGGGUACAACCAGAUGACUGACGACUGUGGCCCCGAGUUGGGAAUUCUGCUGGAGCGGCUUCUAAUGCUCAAGUCCCUAGAGCUGGAGUACAAUCGACUGGAUACGCGGGCCAUGGCGUCAAUCGGACAGGCACUGCAGCGAUCGAACCACUCCAGACUGGAGUAUCUGGGAUUGGCCCACAACAAGCUGAGCGGGGACUCUCUGUCCAUCUUGUGCAACGGCAUCAAGGGCACCGAGCAUGUGGAGGAGCUCAAUGUGUCCGGCAUCGAGACGAAUCCUCGUAUAUUUGUGGACCAAAUAGGCGAUCUUCUGCGUCAUCACGGUCCGCUUCGUCGGCUGAAAAUGGUGGCCAUUCCUUUAGGCUCGAAGCUGGGCAGAAAACUUAUAUGUGCCCUCGUCGCUAACACCAAGGUUACCUAUUUCGACUGUCGCGACUGCGACUUGGAUGUGCAAGAAGAGUUCGAGGCCAACGUGGCAGUCAGGCGAAACAUCUACGGCGAAACCAGCUUUGUCACCGAUACGCAGCGCUUCCCCAGCAUUGCCGACCUGUUGGAGUAUGCCAAGACACUGAAGCAUCCGAUGGUACAGAAGGUAGAAAACGACAUGGCAAUGAAGAAGAAGUGCUUGCCGUACUGUCCGACGCCAACGCCAAGUGUCCAAAGCGUUCGGGUGCAGUCGCUGGUGGCGGAGGAGUCGGAGUACGACAUUUGGCAGAUGCUUGGCAUCACAAAGAAAGUGACCAAGGUAGCAUCGCCAGUCGAAGAGCUAGUGAAGAAAGUGAGCUCAGUGUCAGUGGUCAAGGGACCUUUUGUCUACAAACCCAACGAAUUCAACAUGGAGGAAUUCCGAGCCCACGUUUUUCUGCCGGGGACGAGCAACAGGCACUCCUACUUCAUGAAGGAAAGGCGAAUGGACUACUAAUCUUUUCGCGGGCAUUUGUAAUCUCAUCAAAAUUGAAUGUUUUAGCAAUUGAAAAGAAGAAACCAGAUUAUUAAAAUA